ACUAGGUGGAUUUAUGGCUCAUUGCCUGUCACAUGCGUCUCCGUGCAGGUUCCUGCUCCCUCCUCUAAUCUCUCUUAGAUGGUUUUUGCAUGUGUUGUGUGACAGCAGGGGAAAGGCGGUGGGUUGAGCCUGCCUGUUCUUCUCCCAUUGUCAGUGGAUGGAAAAACCUGUGUGAGAGAUCCUGUGUCAUCUCACUGCAUGUGGACAGGAAAAGUCCGUGUAGCUGCUCUCCUUCCUCUCUCCCUCUCCCCUCUCCUCUCUCUCUCUCUGUCCUUUCAUUCAGCUGCCACACAGCGACUGAAGCGCACACACACCAGGAUUAGUUUCUCCGACCGGUCAGCAAAGCCGGAGCUUAAAUGAAACGGAUGGAUCUAUAAGCUCCAGCGCUGCAGCCUGCCUCAUUCCUGCCUUUGCACACUCACUCACACACACACACACACACACACCAGUUGUGCCUCAUUAUCCCCUGCCUGAUUCAUUAUUUCCCCACAACGCCUGAAGUUUCCAAUUUUUUUUUUUACAAGCAGAGAGGAUGAAGUCUGGAUUCCCUGCAUUUAUUAAAUGAAACCGAGCAAGUCACCUGUUACCUUCAGGUUUUUUUUUAUUAUUUCCCCCCAGAUUUGUUGGACUUGCACACACUGCAGCAUAAAGCACCAGGCUGGGGAAAGGAGCUAAGGGAUCUGCUUGUACCUCAGCAUGGGCUCUCUGACCUGGAUUGCAUUUCUUUUCUUGGGAGUAUCAUUAACUACAAGGCUCAACUGUCAGAAUGUCAAAAAUAACGUGCCAAGGCUCAGAUUGUCCUACAAAGAAAUGGUCGAAUCCAAUAAUUUAAUCACAUUCAAUGGCUGGCCCAACAGUUCAAGCUACAAUACUUUUGUGUUAGAUGAAGAACGGGGAAGACUUUAUGUUGGGGCAAAGGAUCACAUAUUUUCAUUUAACCUGGCAAAUGUCAAAGAAUUUCAAAAGAUAUUGUGGCCUGUAACAAACAUCCGUAGGGACGAAUGCAAGUGGGCUGGAAAAGAUAUUGUGAAAGAAUGUGCAAACUUCAUUAAAGUCCUUAAGGCUUACAAUCACACACACUUGUAUGCUUGUGGAACUGGAGCCUUUCAUCCUGUCUGUACCUAUAUCGAUGUUGGCCACUACCCAGAGGAUAAUGUUUUUAAACUUGAAGACUCGUUUUUUGAAAAUGGUAGAGGAAAGAGUCCUUAUGAUCCCAAGCUUUUGACAGCAUCUAUUUUAAUAGAUGGGGAGCUGUAUUCUGGAACUGCAGCAGAUUUUAUGGGAAGAGAUUUUGCCAUUUUCCGCACGCUUGGAAAUCAUCAUCCAAUUAGGACUGAGCAGCAUGACUCCAGAUGGUUAAAUGAUCCAAGGUUCAUUGGUGCUUAUUUAGUGCCAGAAAGUGAUAAUCCAGAAGACGAUAAAGUUUAUUUUUUCUUCCGUGAAAAUGCCAUAGAUGGGGAACAUACUGGAAAAGCAACACAUGCACGAAUUGGACAGCUAUGCAAGAAUGAUUUUGGUGGCCACAGAAGCUUAGUUAACAAAUGGACUACUUUUCUUAAAGCUCGCCUAAUUUGUUCAGUGCCUGGUCCUAAUGGCAUUGAUACACAUUUUGAUGAACUACAGGAUGUGGUUUUGAUGAACUCAAAAGAUCCAAAAAAUCCAGUUGUUUAUGCUGUAUUUACAACCUCAAGUAACAUAUUCAAGGGUUCAGCAGUCUGUAUGUAUAGUCUGACGGACAUAAGAAGAGUUUUUUUGGGUCCUUAUGCUCAUAGAGAUGGUCCAAAUUAUCAGUGGGUGCCAUUCCAAGGAAGGGUUCCAUACCCUCGACCUGGAACUUGCCCUAGCAAGACUUUUGGUGGCUUUGACUCAACAAAGGAUCUCCCUGAUGAAGUUAUUAUGUUUGCACGAAGUCACCCGGCCAUGUACAAUCCUGUUUUUCCCAUCAAUAAUCGUCCCAUCAUAAUAAAAACGGAAGUGGAUUAUCAAUUUACACAAAUAGUGGUGGAUCGAGUGGAAGCUGAGGAUGGUCAAUACGAUGUCAUGUUUAUUGGAACUGAUAUGGGGACCAUUUUGAAAGUAGUCUCUGUUCCCAAGGAGACCUGGCAUGAUUUAGAAGAAGUUCUACUGGAAGAAAUGACUGUAUUUAGGGAGCCAACUGCUAUUUCAGCCAUGGAGAUUUCAACAAAGCAACAACAACUAUACAUUGGCUCGUCAGUGGGUGUUUCCCAACUCCCGCUUCACCGCUGUGAUGUUUAUGGAAAAGCUUGUGCUGAGUGUUGCCUUGCCAGAGACCCCUAUUGUGCUUGGGAUGGAUCUUCAUGCUCACGCUACUUUCCUACUGCUAAAAGACGUACUAGGCGCCAAGAUAUCAGGAACGGGGAUCCCCUAACACAUUGUUCAGACCUACAGCAUCAAGAUGAUCCACAUAGACAAAGCCUAGAAGAAAAGAUAAUCUAUGGUGUGGAGAACAGUAGCACAUUCCUGGAAUGCAGCCCUAAAUCACAGCGUGCCCUAGUUUUCUGGCAGUUACAGAAGCAAAAUGAAGAAAAAAAGGAUGAGAUAAAAGUGGAUGAACGCAAAAUAAAGACAGAACAUGGCCUUCUUCUGCGCACGCUAAAGAAGAGAGAUUCAGGCAUAUAUUAUUGCAAUGCAGUAGAGCAUGGUUUCAUGCAGACCCUUCUCAAAGUAACUCUGGAGAUAAUUGAUACAGAACAUUUAGAUGAGCUUCUGCACAAAGAAGAUGAAGGAGGAGACAGUCACAAACACAAAGAACCCUCAAACAGUAUGUCUCCAACUCAAAAGAUAUGGUAUAGAGACUUUAUGCAGUUAAUCAACCACCCAAAUCUUAACACAAUGGAUGAAUUUUGUGAGCAGGUGUGGAAAAGGGACCGCAAGCAACGUCGGCAAAAAAAUGGAAAUGUCCAGGUUAGCAACACAAAAUGGAAGCACCUACAGGAAAACAAGAAGGGUAGAAAUAGGAGGACCCAUGAAUUUGAGAGGGCACCAAGGAGUGUCUGAUUUGCAUUACCUCUUCAAACCUGAGUAGGAUUUGUAUUGACAUUUAACUGGAAAAAUGCAAUAUUCGUGAAACUUUCUAUGGCAUUAUUUGGAUGUUUACAAGGUGAGGAGCUCACACAAUUUCACAACAGUUCAAAAUCAAAUACAUUAGGAGCCUUCCAAAUAGACUUAGUUUACAUCAUAACAAAACAAUUUCAAUCUGAAAAGACAAUGUGGCUCAGCUUGUUUUGCCAUUUCCAUGGCAAAUCUGAUUGAGUGGUGUUGGUGUUCUUCCUAUCCAAGGAGAAAUAUUUCAUUUAUCACCUUGUUACCAAAAUGAGAAUGGAAAGACAUUUGUCAGCCUUGCACACCUUUCUGGAACCAGAAACUUAACUGCUCAUCCAUCUUAUAAUGAUGACACCCUGACAUUAGACUGGAUACAUGAAUUUAUUUUUUGUAACAGGACAUACGCUUAUUUGUAUUUGACAAUGGGACAACGUGAAUAUAUAUCCAAGAUACAAUUACAACAAUAAAUUGUCCACCAUUCAGCAAACAAGUGGAGUUUACUGAUCUACUACUGAUGUCUUCUACCAGCUUUGAUCUGAAGUUUUAUUUUGCUAAAAUAUAAAUUAAAUGUACCUUUACAAAUAUGUAGUAAAUGUUACUUCUUUUUUUUUUAUAACCAUAGCAUAGACAAGUAUUCUACUUUGUAAUUAUUUGAACAGUGUCUUUAUUAUUUUCUAAGGUUAUUUUUAUUUUAUUCUAAUUAUUAUUUUGGAAAAUGAUUGUAACUGUAACAUUGAACACUUGCCAAGUCUUUAUGGGGAAAAGAAUUUUGGAACUUCCACUUUUAAACUCAAAAAUUCCUGGCUAAUUUCGGUUCUAUAGAAAUAUUUAUCACAUUUUUGGCAGAAUAAUGCAAAAUGUUUUGGAUCUAGUUAGAAAUCUAGUACACUGUAUUACAUUAAGGAUGAGUGUACUGUGGGGGAAAAAACUAAAUAAUAAGGAUUUUCAAUUUGCAAGGUUGUUUUCUGUUUGUGUGCUCUUAGGAUGAUGUCAAAACAAUUUUGUUUUACAUUAAUGCAUACAGUAUGAAAUAUUUUGGUAAUUGGGAAAAUAUUGGUAUAUCCUAGUUCUUCUAAAGGCCCAGACCCCUUGGAAUAGCAUUUAAGGUUAGACACCUCCAACUAAUGAAAAUUAUGGAAUUCUUAGCUAAAAUUACCAUUAGGUUUGUAAUUAGUUAAAAACGGAUAAAAGAGAAACACAUUUUUCUAAUUCACUUUUGCUUUCAAUCUGUCCCUGUUCUACAGGGAGGCAGCGUUUCACUUGUACAAUUGCUUUUAUAACUAACACCACAGCUGUGGGGUAAAUUUAUAUCAGGAAUGUUUUUCUGUUAUAAAUUAACGAGUGGCAGUAGUAUUUCUUUGAAAGUGAAACCUGAAAAGAAAUCACGGGGAAUUUCCUCCAGAAAGUUUUCUCCAUAUAAGUCACUGUGAUGCCAUUUGCACCUUUUUUAUAAACCCAUCUGGGCUCAUUCAUUAACAUUGGGUACAUUUGUCUCAUUGUUGUAACUCAUAGCAAGAUAUUUAACAUACCUCUACAUAUGAAAAUAAAGUAGAAAGAUUGGAUAUAAUUAAUAUGGGCUGCUACACUCGGGCAGUUUGUUCAGUAUCAAUAAAUGAGCCUCACUACUACUAAUUUCUGUUUCAAUAUUUUAUGCCUUCCAGUCUAUGAGCUUCUUUGUGAACUUCCUAAACUAUUGCAUGGAUCUCUUGGCUUAGUCUGGCCCAUUUGAAAUUGGUGACUGAUUGUCCAACAUACAGAAGUUCACUUACAUAUGCAUAAUGCUAUAUUCCCUGGAGUAAAAGCUUUUAUUUUGGGACUAGACAACAUGAUGCUGAUUUGAGUGCUUAAAAAUGUUCAUAUUUUAAAGAUUGGCUCUAGACAGUCCUUCACCAAAAUAUGAACAUUUGCACUAUUAUUAUGUGCCUUUGCAAACUUUUCCCAAGCAUAAUAAUGUGUGUGUUUGUACAUAAUAAUGUUCAAAUUAGGCACAGUUAUAAUGUACUAGUUUUUAUUAUUAUUUGUCUCUCUAUUAGUAUGGCCAUUGGUUUGCAUAAUACAUGUAGAUCAUUUUCAAACAUAGGCUGUUGAAAAGAAAACCUUGACAAAGUUAUACAUGCACUCACACAUAUCACAGAUUCUAAAAACAUGUGUUUUAAAAGGGGCUUCCACUUAACUUGGAUUGAUUGUAUCACUAGACAGCAAAAUAGUUCUUGCUUAGAAAAUUGCGAUAGAACAUUUUCCAACAUUGAACAUAGAACACUGAUGAAUAAUAGCUAAAAUAUAAUUAUGCGACAGGAGUAUAGCUAUGUGGGUUGUAACCACAACCAACAUAUUACUUAAGAUGCAAAACUUAAACUGUAGGCUGAAGAGGCCAAUAAACAAACUAAAAUCUAGGUAAUGAUGGGUACCCAUAGAAAUAAAGGUUGUCUUUGGGAACAAUGGUAUUAGUGAUUUAAAAUUGUUCAUUGUGGGCAUCUAGCUAAAACCUUCUCCUGAUACAUUAUAGAAUUGAAGUGUAGGCAAUUUUUCCUCCCCCUUAAAAUGAAAAUCUGGCAAGCCUAUGCGUUAGUGGACUCAACUGGAUUAAAUUCAAGGUCACAUGGGUUACAGCAUGUAGGAGGUUGCAGGUAGAUAUGAUAACAUCGGGACCUUAGAGCAAAUAGUUACACCUUGAUUUAUCGCAGUGCAACAUGUGCAGUGCUGGUGGCCACAAUUUACAAAGGGAGACUCGGUUUAAGCACUCAAUAGGGUAUUAGAAAGUAAAUGGCAGUGAAAAGGGGUUCUUAUAAUGCAUUUUAGCUUCUUUUCCUGAGGUGUUUACAGACGCGGAGAAAAUUUUUUACCUAGUGCCAGCUAUAACAUUUGUUUUAAUUUAAUAUUUUCCCCUUUGAAUGAUGCAUUGUGAUAUGACGAUUAAAACAUGCUAUUACUUCACACUGGUUCAGUUAGUUUCAGUAGAGCACACAUUAUUUAAAACAAACACAUAUUGCUGCAGAUUUACAUCUUUCAGCGUAGAUGUCAGCUUCGUCUAACUGGCAUGGAUAAUUGCUCUGUAGGUUAUCCGGUGCAAGAUGUUCUGCUCUUUAGCACCAUGUGCAGAACCAACAUGUGAAAGAAAGCUUUUCAAAUAACAUUGAAUGGCAUGAUGAUAAAGGCUGCUGAUCACAGUCAUAGAUGUGGCUUUUGUUUUUUGAGGCACAUUAAAUGCAAUUUGGCAUACUUAAUAGGAGUCUUUUAUGCUCUUGCUGAGAAAGCUGACCCUCACAAUUGUUUCUGCAAGUCAAACUGAGACAAGCAGUUUAAGGGCUCCCCUGAAGCAGUAUGAUGUUCUGAAGAUAUCCGUGAGCAUGAUCUGACCCUUGUCUAUUCCUUUUUGGGAAGAAAUGAGACAUGCAUAUAACACUAAGGCUUUGCUCGCAGUGAUAUAGGACAAAAUGAUCAGCUUUUGUUGAAUACCAAAUUGUUAGAAGUCUUCCAGCAGAUAUACAUUGCUAAUGAAAUCAGACUAUUCAAUGCCCCCUUUAGAAAGUUUCUCUACUAAUAAUGUUGAUCUAUAUCUAGAUGUAUAAAUACAUUUCCUAAACAGUUCACCAGCAGAAAGCAUGUAAUAUAUAUAUAAUUUUAUAUAAUCAUUCAACUCUGGUCUCUGGUGUUAGUGGCCUAACAUAAAACGUUUACAGUAACAUAAAAUAGCUCAAAUUAAUAUUUUACAAACAUAUAGGUGGCAUUUUAAGUGCUUUGUUUAAUGUUCAAAACAAUUCUAAUUGACAAAAUAUCACUGAGGGUUUGAGGCAUGGGCUUAAUUCACACAAUUUUCAUUCAGGUAGGUUUUUAUAAAUGGCUACAGUAGCACAAUGUGGUCUUAUUAUCAUAAUUGCACUGGUGUGCUGGCACAAUGAUCACUUACACAAAUCAUUUCUUACCAAUGUGACCAAUCAUAUGUAGCACAGCUGUAAGGAGUGUGCAAUAUUAGAUGCAUCUGUUCUAAAUAAUUGAAACAGUCUGAGAAAUGAAGCACAGAAUUAAAUAAUUCUGAAUAUCGUUUUAGUUAACUGUCUUCCGCCAUAACAUUCAUGAUCCAGUAAAUAGGAGAAUAGAUGUUUAUUAGCCACUGAGGAAACUUUGUAGAAUAAAUAGCAGAGCUUGCGCUAAUUCCAGGCAUAAUAUUUACUGUACAAAUUCAUAGCCCACUCUGAGUAACUACUGUAUGUAAAGACAAGAGAGAAACCAAUUGCAUGUGAAUGAGCAGUUUAUGACCCCAUUUUAUGCAGUAUUUAGUGAUAUCAAUGGUAUGUGUUUAAUAGUUUGGUUUUGCUACCUAAACUUUAGCCAAAAGAGAUGUAAAUAAUUUUGAAUAGAUACAGAGGUACAGCGUAAUGUACUGAUAAUUAUAGGUACUCAUUUACAAGGUGCUUUAGUACAGUAUUUUUAUACAGUACCAAAGCUGCAAUGGCUACUACUUACUAUGGCAUGGCAGUGGUAAAUUUGUGGUUUUAGUGAACAAGUUGUUUUUCAAUUAGACCGAAAAAAAAAAAAAACAGUUUUGUUUCAUUGCUAUAUUUAUCAAUACAUUUUAAGCAGGGGAAUUAAAAAAAAAAAACUGGAGAGGAAUUGUAAUAAGACUUGCUGCUGUAAAUUAUUCUUUUUGGCAUGUACUCACUCGGUUGUUAAAUAAACAUUUCUUCAAAAUUA